AUGGCUGGAGAAUCUUAUCUCCGGCCACCACCACACCCACCAUCCUCUCCUCCUCCACAUGUUCCUGACCCAGCCUCAUUCCCGCCUCUCUCCACCUCCCUUGGUUCCCAUUCCUUUGCGCCCAUCCCAUUCUCAAGCCACCACUCGCCCUGGAAUUUGCCUAUGGUGAAAUCUCCUGUUAUUGGCCCCUCUGUUCUUGUAUCUAGUUCCACCACUACUCCCUCGCUGGUAACAGCAGAAGGAGAAGCAACCACUACUCCUGUGUCAACUGAACAGGCAGUUACUACCAGUUCAAACUUAAGCAAAGACCUUCAGAGUUCAGCAGCACCAGCCAUGAAUGUCUCUGGUCCUCUGCUUACUUCCGACCCCAUUCUUCAAUCCCAACCCCUCCAAAACCCUACUGAUGGUGCUCCUACUAGCCCUUCAGCCCCUUCUAAAACUUCAAUUCCAACAGGCACCAACUCCACUAACUCAAAAGCCCCAAGGAGCCAUACAGUUAAACCUCUCCCAAAUAACUGGGCGAAGAGUCUCCAACAAUCUACUGAUAAAACUCUAAAAAAGGUUACUAACCCUAGUUUCUCUGCUGAUGGCACGCCAAGGAUAAAAAUCCCAGACUCGGUUUUCCAAAAAGGAGCAGAUCUGCAUCAAGACUUCAUCUUAGGAGUUUUCCUUGGAAAAACUCCAGCCUAUGCUCAAAUCCAGAGUGUUCUAACCCACAUCUGGGGGCGUGGCUUGAAAUUGGAGAUUCACCUGCGACCAGAGUCAAGAUCAAUGUUAGUAAGGAUACCUAACUCGACAAUAAGGAAGAAAAUUGUGGACCAGGAAUUCUGGCAUAUAGGAAACGUACUUUUCUAUGUUGCUCAAUGGUCUGCUUCAGUCGCGACUCAGCCUCCCUCAUUCACCUCAAUCCCUCUUUGGGCUCAUUUCAAGGGUAUACCCUUUGAUUUAUAUACCCAAGAAGGCCUCGGCAGAGUAGGAGACCUCAUUGGUCACCCUCUUGAAGUAGACGACUUUACCAUGAGGAGAGUGAACAUUAAUAUUGCACAUAUUAAAUGCAGAGUUGAUUGCACCAAACCUUUGCCUCGUAGUGGAGAACUCGAAAGAGACAAUGGCGAAGUUGUUACUGUUGAUAUUGAUUACCCUUGGACCCCUCCCAUCUGUCCCUGCUGCAAUGAAUUGGGUCAUCUGGAGACUCAUUGCCCUUCUAGUAAAUGGAAACCUUCCAAACCUGCACCGGUAAAAGAAAGACCAUUGAAGACUGUCCCAGCCAGCUCUUCUUCUCCUUCAGGGUGCAGCCACAGCGAGCCAAUAGCUCCAUCUAGUUCUCCUCCUCAAGAGGACUCUAUGGCUUGGGAACCUUCAAUCAUUGCUCAUGGUGCCCAGACGUCUCCAAUUCUCUCUCUCGAGACUCCGGCUAACCCUCCCGCUUCUCGGGAAUCCUCUCCUGAGGUCUCUGUAGUUGGACUUCUACAGCCUUCUGAUUCUGUAGGAACCUCAUCUACCCCCACUCCCUUUAGUUUCUCCUCCUCUCCUCCCUCUCUGCCUUUUACUACCCCUCACUCUUCUUGUCUCCCUCCUGUCACUGAUGAUGGUAUUUUGUUAACUCCCCCCUCCUCUCCUCCUCCAUCGCCUUCCACUGUAGUGUUUGCGAAAAACUUUACUAAAGAUACUCUCUUACUACCUGAAGCAAUAACCCAUCUCCUCGCCCUCCCUGCUGUCCAUCAUCCUCGCCCCAUCAAUCCAAAAAACUUUAAAAAACCCCUGUCCCCAUCCCAUCCCCCACCUAGUAAGUACCUCUUAUCUAUCAACCCUUUCGCCUGUCUUGCUACCCCCCCUGCUGAACCACCCUCUCCCUCCGGUCCUGCGCCCUCCUCUGAUCCCUCUUUUCCCUCAUCCUCAUCUUCAUCCUCAGAUUUUACUACCCCCGCUGUGGGUUCUUUCCUAUCAGAAGGAGAGACCCAAAACCUAUAA